AUGCUGCUCGGUUUGCAGUGAAUGGUGACCGGUGGAAGGAAAUCACAGCGCGCUGUAAACUGUAGUGGAAACCCGCUCUUCUGUCAAAAAGAAAAGUUAAAGAGAAACCGGUGUGGUGAACUUUAAAGCCUGGGACUAUUUUCUCACUCAGCAGGGAGACUGUUUGAACCUGUAUUUUUCGUGUUUGUCCUCAGACACUGCUCCGGCAGUCAUCAUGCCGCUGAACGUGGCCAGCAAGAACUAUGACUAUGACUACGACUCGUACCAGCCCUACUUCUACUUCGACACCGAGGAGGAGGACUUCUACACGCAGCAGCAGGAGCAGCACGGCCAGCCGCCGGCUCCCAGCGAGGACAUCUGGAAGAAGUUCGAGCUCCUGCCCACUCCUCCUCUGUCCCCGAGCCGGCGCUCGUCCUUCUCCAGCUCCUUCCCUUCCACAGCCGAUCAGCUCGAGAUGGUCACGGAGUUCCUCGGGGACGACGCGGUGAAUCAGAGCUUCAUUUGCGACUCGGAUUCGUCGCAGUCUUUACUCAAGUCCAUCAUCAUUCAGGACUGCAUGUGGAGCGGCUUCUCGGCCGCGGCGAAGCUGGAGAGAGCGGUGUCGGAGCGGCUUGCGUCUCUCAGAGCGGCCCGGAAAGCGUCCACUCCCAAAAGCGAGUGCUCGGAGGACUCGGGCUCAAAUGCCGGCUACCUACAAGAGGUUCAUGUUAGCGCUGCUUCGGACUGUAUAGAUCCUUCAGUGGUGUUUCCCUACCCGCUUAUGGAGGGUGUGAAGCUGAAUAAGGAGUGUGAGAGCUCUCUGAUGGACACGCCGCCUAACAGCGGGAGCAGCAGCAGCAGCGACAGUGAAUCCGAUGACGAUGACGACGAUGAGGAGGAGGAGGAAGAGGAUGAGGAGAUUGACGUCGUGACGGUAGAAAAAAGAAAAUCGGCCAAGAAGUGCGACUCGAGCCCGGUGGUGCUGAAGCGGUGUCAUGUGACCAGCCAACAGCACAACUACGCUGCACAGCCGUGCACGCGGAACGAGCAGCCCGCCGUCAAGCGGCUCCGCUUCGACAACAGCGGCACACGGGCGCACAGACAACUCGGCGCGAGCCGCAAAUGCUCGAGUCCGAAGACGUCGGACUCUGAGGACAACGACAAGCGGCGGACUCACAACGUGCUCGAGCGGCAGCGGCGCAAUGAGCUCAAGCUGAGCUUCUUCGCGCUGCGUGACCAGGUCCCAGCUGUAGCCAACAACGAGAAGGCGGCCAAGGUGGUCAUCUUAAAAAAGGCCACGGAGUUCAUUGGGGGCCUGCAGACUGAAGAGCGAAAGCUCCUCCACUCCAAGGAGCAGCUCAGGAAGAAGUGUGAGCACUUAAAAAGGAGACUGGAUAUGCUGAGCAGCUCCUGAGGCGCUCUGGACUGGGACUUUUAAAGCCCUUAUGACGUUCGAUUGUGAUGGUGCUGUCCGGAGAUGACUUGUGAACUAUAAUGCACCCGAUCAUGGCGCUCGACUUGACCUUAACGCAUUUACACUGCCUCAGUUUCACAUGAGGUUUUGGACUGUUUGUAUUUAAUUUUAUAUUUAGCAAUGGACAGCAGUACCACUCAUUGUUGGUCUUAACUUAAAUGUUUUUUGGGGGUUCUUUUGUAAAUUUUUGUAUAUAUCUCCAGAUGUAUUAAGAUACUGUAUUAAUUUGUCAAUCAUAAAUACAUUUCUUUAUAAAUUGCAUUUGACUAA